ACAAACAUACAUAUUCAAACAAUUAUUCCCACAAAGCAAGCGUAUUUCUAGAUAAACCCGUAGAUGAAACAGCCAACAGUCAGACUGUAAUAUGCAGUGGUGUUUAUUUGACAGUCUUGCGAUUUGACUGGCGUUUGACGUGAUGUAAUUUCGGAGUAACAUGACCGCAAAUAGGACCCUGCAGAGAUCUCAGGCGAAGCUCACCUGUCCCCAAACGCACUUUUACUUUUCUACCUGAAGUCGCGUGCAGAAUCCUGCCAUAUAUAUCAGCCUUUAAAGAUAACGGAAUGUUUUCUGCAUUGCUCUGCAGUUUGCUGCUCCUACAUGGCUCGCUCGGGGAGAUCGUGUUCCGCUGUCCGAGCUGCACCGCCGAGCGUCAGGCGGCGUGUCCCAAGCUCACCACCUCAUCUUGCGCAGAGAUAGUCAGGGAACCGGGUUGCGGUUGCUGUCCGGUUUGCGCCCGGCAGAAGGGCGAGCUGUGCGGCGUCUACACGCCGAGAUGCGGGAGCGGUUUGAGGUGUUACCCUAGCGCGAAUUUCGAGUUACCACUGGAACAGCUGAUACAGGGUCUCGGACGAUGCGACAGCAAAGUGGACCUUGAGCCCACCAUGCCCAUCCCGGACCCAGGACACAGUGGAGAGGUAAAUGGCACACGGUCUCCUCCUCAGAAGAAGCCAGGCAAAGAAAACAACUACCAGCACAUUAAGGAAAUAGCUGUGAAGCAGCAUCUAAACAAGCAGAGGACCAAGAUGUUCAGCCCCCAGGAAGACCCCAAAACGCCUCACCCCAGACAGAGCCAGUGUCAGCAGGAACUGGAUCGUGUCUUAGAGGAGAUCUCCAGAAUGAGUUUCCAUGACAACAAGGGACCAUUGGAGAAUCUUUAUGACCUGAAGUUUCCCAACUGUGACAAGACAGGACAGUACAACCUGAAGCAGUGCCACAUGUCUACCCACGGACAAAGGGGCGAGUGUUGGUGUGUCAACCCUUACACUGGUAAACAGAUACCCUCAUCCCCCAAAGUGAGGGGGGACCCCAACUGCAGCCAAUACUACGGUGGUCCAGAGCUGGAGCCGCCCACCACCCAGCAGAAAUAGACGCACUCUCACACCAGAGGAGAUGCCCUGGUCGCAAACGAAGAGAGCGAGUGGAAGAGCGGUGUGCAUGUGUGUAAUUCUGUAUGUGUGUUUUCCAAAUAGUAUCAUCAGUAUUGUCAAUAGCAGUGUGGAAUGAGUCACAUGCCAGCAAAGACAAGUCAAGGACACAUAGUUAAAGCUCUCAUCUCUCAAAUCCAGAUAACUUUGCGCUAAAUUUAACUCUGAGUGAUUUUUUUUCUGCCUAUUUUUAGGCUUGUCCUGUGUCUUUUAAUCUUGUGGCUGAAUUUGGUAGUAGUGACAUUUCAUGGUGUCUCUUAAACAGCAAACGCAGCUGUUUGGUGUAAAGUCACGUCCAUUGUCCAUUUAGUCUCCCUUUUGUUUUUGGUGACCCAAUAAAAAUCGUGCACUGUCUCUUGUCGCCAGAAACAAAACAACACCAACUGCGGAAGCACAAAUGGCAGCAACUUGAUAUUGAUUUAAAUGUGAUAUUCAAAUAUGGAACGAUUUUCCUUGGAAUUGGCAGAGAGAGAGAGCGGAGCUGUUUUCACAAUUGCAAGAAAUAUGAGAGUAUCUGUUCGGGAAGAGAAGACAUUACCCAAAAGAAAAAAAAAGAAAAAAAUCACAAAAGAGAUAUUUGCUGAAACCUCCUGAUUCUCAGAUUUGUCGUCUGAGAUAAAAUCCCAUUAUUGUGUCUCCUCUGGAGAUUCAAAAGUGUCUUAGACUGUGCUCAGAUAUGCCAAGAUACCAAAGUCUGAAAUUUUUCAUCAAAUUCUUUCAAAACCAAAUGAUCAGAGCCAUGCUAUCACAUUAAUUUCAUUAAGUUCACCCAAAAUUGAAAAUUCUGUCAUCAUUUACUCACCCUCAUGUUGUUUCCAACCUGUAUGACUUUCUUUCCUUUGUGGAGCACAAAAGGAAAUAUUAGGAAAAAUGUUAGGGACAGACAGCCUCACUCACUAUUAGGGCUGGGUAUUGAUAUAGAUUUCCUGAUUCGAUUCCGAGUCUCAAUUCUAUUCCAAUUUUGGUUCCAUAUCGAUUCGAUAUUGAUUCACAUGGGUAUAUUUCAGUUAAAAAGUCAAUUUCGCUGACACAUGAAAGAACUUCUCUCCCAGCUAAUGCUGUUAAUUAUAAAGGGUACCUUCUAACAAGGUACAUUAUGAAAAUAUUAAUUUUAAUAAUUAUAUUGUAUUAGUUUUUCAUCAUUUUUGUCACAUUUUAGCUUUUUAAAAAUGAACAAAUCCAGAGAUUCCAUCAGUAAAUAUGAUAUUAUAUUGCAUAUGUUCUAUUUUGUUACAUAUUUUAUUGUUUAAUGCAUCAUUUAUACCAUUCAAAAUGAUUUACAUUGAUUUGUAGAACAUGUGCUCAAAAUUGGUACUGUCUCUUGUGAUGUUAAGUUUUUUGUUUUUUGUUGUAAAGAACAGAAAGGAUAUUAAAAGAGACAUUAUUAAUUGACGAAUGGAAUGUGUGGAUCUUGUCUUUGGAAACACAUUUUAAAAACCGGUCAAACCAAACUUUUACUCUCAACACGCAGUGAAAGGUUCACACCGCUGAACAUCUUCCCUACUAUACUACACAAUCACUGCUGAGUUCAGUCUGAACAUUUACCAGACAAUCUAUGUAGUAGAGGGUUGAGCAUAGAUUAAAAGAUCGUUCUUGGGAUUUAAGAAUUGAUUUCGAGAUCGUUCAAAGGAAGAUCACGAUGCAUCGUAAAAAUCGAUAUUUUUACCCAGUCCUACUUACCAGUCACUUUCACUGUAUGGAAAAAAUACACAAUGAAAGUGAAUGGUGACUGAGACUAUUGAUCCCCAAAAUUAUGCUUAACAUCUCCUUUUGUGCUCAAUGGAAGACACAAAGUCUGGUUUGGAACGACAUGAGGGUGAGUAAAUGAUGAUAGAAUUGUCAUUUUGGGGCGUAAACUAUCCCUCGAACAAAACACCAGAACGGCAUUAUUUCUUAUUAGCUGUGAAAGAACAACAUUUAAACAAUAAAAUGUUGCUCUCGGUUGUUAGCGAUUCACAUCUGCACUCUCUUUGCCACUAAACCAAGUGGUAGAAUGAAGGUAGUGUGUGUGUGUUUGUAGAGUGGGUAUCAACAUUUACUAAUGACGUGCUGACAGAAGGCUAGAUUAGGACACAGGACUGACAUUGGCAAAUGUGAUAUAAAGUUGGUUAAGAGCCUAUAAAUAAACGGGUUUGCCUGCAGUGCCAGUGGGCUAUGCCUCACCUUGCUGCUUCCUGGGGGUUCGUUGGGGGUUGGUGAGGGUGAGUUUACCUGACAGAAGGGUUGAAUGGGGUAGGAUGAAGAGCCCUGUGAAGAAAUGCCAAGUAGCACAAAGGUUUAGUGAGCUUGUUUAACUUUUUUUGACAGCAUAUGCUGUAUGCUGAGGGUUGUUCAGCAGAAAUAAGGCAUUUUCCAGGAAUAGGGUACAAAUUGGUGUAGGUCUUUUUUUACUUCUUCUUUUUUAAGCAAUAAAGGCAGUAUCUAAUAUUGAAAUCAUAUAACCUUGUCAUAAAUUGAAAAUUCAUUCAAUUGACAUUUAAUUAAUUGUACACAAAAUAUUUGUAAAUUGUAACAAAUUUUAAUGACCAAAAAUGUAAAGUGUUGCAUAUUUUGUGCACAAAACUGUUACUGGACGUUUUCAUAAAGGUCUCAUUAAACUUGGAAACUUUUUUACCAUGCCUUCAUAAAUUAUAUUUGGUACUUUUCAAAUUACUUUUUAUAUAGAUUUUACUGUUUAAGCCUGCCCCAGACUCAGACCUUCAGUAUUAAACUUGAAAAUCCUUUCUAAAAAUACAAAUUUCUACAUGAUUAAAAUUAUGAUAAUUUAAAUCUAAGUCUAAAAAAUUAUUUCAUUAGUGUUUCAAAAAUUACGACUGUCCAGUAGUGUUGUGAUUCCCACCACACCAAACAAGUUUGCCCAUAAUGAAGCCAAAAGUUAGUCGACAAAAGUGUCAGUGAAGAGCAUGCUUGAAAUAUGAGAAAAAAAUGAUAUAUGAAAAUUCAAGAUACAGUAAAUAUCACUUGUAAACAGCAUAUUUUUAUUUGCCGUCAUUUCCAAACAAGCUGUAAUUUUUCAAUUGAUUCAAAAAGUGUGAAAAUAUUAUUUAAUUGUAGGCCUAUUUAGGAUACAUAAAGUGCUAGGUAUGAAAUUUGGACAGAUCAGUCAACAAUUUUAUUUCAAAAUGGUCAAAAAUGUCAUUUCCAUAACCAACAUUUCCACCGCAGAAUUCUUUUAAAGACAAUACAGAAUACUGUGGU